CAAUCGCGCGCCGCCUUUCCGGAGUUGCCGCUCCCAACCCACACGGCCCGCGCGGCGUUUUUGUACGCGGGCGAUGGUGGCGUAGAAGGCGAGAGAGAGACGAGUUACCAAAUGGCCCAAAGGAGAAGCGUCAUGCCCGUCUCCAACCCAUCGGCGGAAGACUCGAGUAAAAGUGACAACUCAAGUGGAGCAACCUCAUCGGAGUCCAGCACAGGUCUGCAGAAAUCUGACUCUUCGAACACAAAAGUCACGAACAAAAAGAGAACUUCCUCGAUGCCCAGCAUGCCUUCACAAGGCAGGAGUGUUCCUUCGCGAUACAAGCAGUCUGCUGCAAAUAUAGCCGAGAGAGGCAACUUGGAUAAAGCGUUGCUGGCCAACAAGUCGCUUGCCAAGCAUGGCUCUGCAGGCCGGGGCUCCAACCCCAGGCCUAGUUUGGCUGUAAGGGCCAAGCCUGGGCCGCCCAUGGGAUCCGCCGUAAAGCAGGGCUCCCCUGCGCACAGCAAGAGAUCCGUUCCUGGUUCGGCGGUGCAGAAUCAAGUUUGCAGGAGGCUCGCAAUGGCCGAGACCCUCCCGGAGUGCGCCCAUUCGCAGCUGCAGUCCACGCUGGCGAUGGAGCCCGAUAUGUCGCUCCUGCCGUCCUGGGAUGUGUCGGUGCUGCCCGCUUUGGACGAGCCCAAGCGGAAGGGGAGCCAGGUGAUGGCGCGUAGCGGCCGUCGGAAUACAGACGCCGGUAUCCUGUCAUGCCAGCCGCCUCAGCCGCAGAAGCGCACGUGGAUGGACGAUGACUUGAGCCUGCUCCACACGGACUACCUAAUGGCUCUGUACACAUACUUGCAGGCCGACGACGAGGCGCGUCACGUGGAGGAGGAGGCAUGCGAGAGCCAGCGCGGCCGCUUCAAGAGGAAGGAGCGGCUGGCGCGGAAGCUGCAGGGAAAGCUGGAGCCAAGUGAGAGGCUUGAGCACGCCGUGACCCUCGACAAGCAGCUCGCCCAACAAACGCAGGCGCUGUCUCCACUGCUGGAGGUGCUGCCGGGCAGAUUCCAAGAGACGUACGGGGCGUUUGGCGAGGCGCUGGAGGCCACGAGACACAGCCUGCCUCUGCACAACAUCCACGUGCCCGACCAGGACACGCAGGCUCUAUCAGAGCGGCUGUGCGAGGUGUUGGCGGAGACCAACGCGCUCGCGGCCGACGCUUCGGGGUUUGUGCGCGAUCGCCUGCCCGGCCUGACCGACACCGCCAGAGCCCUGGCCGACGUCAAGCACGGCACGCAGGCCUGCGUGGAGGAGGAGGAGUGCGUGGAGGAGGUGGUGCUGUCCCUCAACGCGCUCAAGCUCAAGGAGCUCUGCCUGCGGGUGCAGGAGGCCAACGAGGCGGAAGUGCUGCUCCUCCUCCACGACGGGACGCCGUCGACCUGACGCGUCUAAGGAGCCGGACCGGCCUCCCUAGCGAGCAUUCGCCAGGGGGAGCCGUAGGGGCGCCAGCGAGAGAGGCGGGGGGGGUCUACCGCGAUGUCGCGGGGGAAGAAAUCGACAAAAAAUCCGCUUGAAUAAGCGUGGCCACCACGAAAAAACAGUCUAGUUCAUGUGGAGUCUAAACACAAUCACAUUUCAAGAUGCUUUCCAUAAAUGAAACGUAACAUUAGCGUACAACGGGGAGCGGGUGGGGUGAGGGGAAACAAGUGAGAGCAAAAUUGCGGUCCAGCUUGAGACGAAGCAACCGCAGACCAGCACCAGCAACGACCCCCAGAGAUACCCGGGGCAGCGAGCCCGCCACGUCGCUCGCGACGACCGCCAGACUUCAACAAAACAAUAUUCGGUAGACUGAUGUUUUUUUUGGGCAAUGGCCCCUGCUUGAGAGCAGAAAUGGAGGACACUUUGGCACGACCCUGACUUCGUCGCACUUUUCACAGUGAGUGUGCGAAUGCUUCAGCUUUUCCAAGUUCACGUAACCAGUGCUCUUAGCGUUAGAGAAGCGCUCGUGUUUGUAUGUGUAUGUAACUUUGAUGCUUUUUCCUAAGACUAUUCUUGGCAGUUUAGCUCAGAUAAUAAUGCCACGUGUUGUUGUUUGGACAGUGUAAUCUGCAAUAAUUUGUAAUUUAUCAGUCGGCACUGACGGAUGCCGAGCAACCAGUGUACAGGUUUCCCCCCAAUGGUGCCGCUGGUGCCGCUUAAAUGGCACCGCCUAUAGCGGUGCUUUUCAGCCUCUUUAAUUCAACGGCACUCCCUGUCGAGCUCGCCCGAUCUUCGUGGCCACACCGGACCAAAACGCUCAACGUGGGCCCCGGGUAGGCGGGUGAUGGGAAUGCGUUUAAGCUGGCGAACUGCACCGCAACCCAGGAGAAGGGCAGGGGACGGUGAGAGCUGGUUGAUCGGCCACUGAACGGCACGGAGAGUUUGUCCCGAGAGCGUGCGAAUCGUGGGGUUCUGCAGUACCGCGGCACACCGGGGGUGGGGGAGGGGAGGCGGCUUUGCCACGCCACAUCGAUUUGCGAAGCGCUGUGCUUCGUACAGAGUUGUGGUGAUGGCACGUAAUGUGCAAGGCACGGUUUGGAGGCGGGUCGAGCCCAGUGGUCACAGUCACGUGUUGCUGCUUCGGGAGUCAUUUUAGUGGCCGUUCAUAAAUGACGUAACUCACCUGGGGGGGGGGGGUUGAGAAAUGUGACGUCACAUCAAAAUGCGCAAUUUUAAAUAUAGACAACACGUUCUACUUU